UGCGCAGGCGCAACGCAUACGCUGCUUUCUACGAAGUUUCUGGAUAUCUGGGCGCAACGCAAAAUAUUGAUUACAUUUGAUCACCCCGAGCUUCCCCCUGGCUAGAGAGAGUGAUAUUCUGCUGUGAAGAUGUCUGUGUCUUCGCUCUACCUCCAACAAGACAACAUGGUGCGCUUCAAGAGGAGAAAGGCGCGUUUCUCCUUCAGUGAAGUGCACAUCCUGCUGGAUGAAGUGCGGAAGAACCGCCACAUUGUUGUGGGUAAGUUUAACGCUGGCGUUCCCUCUGACGUGAAGCGCAGGAAAUGGGCUGAGAUCACGGCGCGUGUGAAUGAGAUUGGAGAGUGUGACAGAGAGAUCAUGGAGGUGAUCAAGAAAUGGUCCGACCUGAAAUGCGACACGAAACGUAAAGUGGCUGCCCUGAAGACCGGUGCUUUGGUGUCCCAGCGAUUGUCGCGGUCCAAUAUCGAACUGUCCCCGAUGGAAGUCAUUGUGGAAUCCAUCCUUGAACUCGACAAGAGACCGUGGGAAGCUACACAGCGGUCCAGAUCUCGCAGUCACGGUGAUGAUCAAGAGGCUGUGUGUGAGGAUGAGGAAGAGGAGGAUGGAGGGUUUGUGGGAAUGGGGUCCGUCAACAGUUCCCCAAGCAGAGGAAUGGAUGUGGGAGGAAUGCCUGCUACUACAAGCGGAUCUGGCGCUGCAAGUGAGAUGCAGUAUGACAGCUCCAAAACUGGAGAUCCCGAAUCCCACUUAGACUCAGAUGAGGACAACCGUGACCUCUUUCCAUCAUCCUCUAUGGCGUCAGUCACUAACUCGUACUCUGAGGAGGACGGAAUUGCAACUAGAGGCACUACUGGACAUGUUUCCUCCACAGCCACCGCAGCAACUAAAAGACCCUCGUCUUUCUCAGGGGUGGAGCCUGACAGUCCACGCGAGCAGUUAGUGCACAACGCAAGCCUUAGCGUGCAGGAGCAGCACACCACUAAUGCUCUUCUGUCUACUGUCUCCCGUUCGCUUGAGCUCCUUGCAGAGUCAGUGCAGCAGCUAGCAGAGACUCAACAGGAGUUUGCACGAGAAUCACUGCAGCUGCAGAGGGACACCGUGCAAGUGCUGCGAGAUUUUGCUUCUGGCGCAUUAACGAUACUCCAAGAGAAGGUCAACGGCAAACCUGCAUUGUGAAAUUUGUGUUUAGCAAUCAACGACCAACAAGCAACACAGUGUGUGACGCAGUGUUGAUAUGAUACUGCAGCCAGGCUGCAAACAUAGUGUGAUACAGACACACACAGCUUCUCACUGGAACCUUGCUGACCAACAGAGGGCGCAGUGUCUGGAUGUCAAAAUACUGUUAUUAAGUGCGGAGGAGAUGCUUUUGUAGUUUUCAGAAAUGCAAAGAUUUGUCUCUAAUGUCUGUUUAUCAAUAGAACAGACUUAGGGUUUUUGUUUUUAGUGAAGUGAUCAACAAAUGAGUGUAAUCUCAAAGGGAUUUUGUCAUCUUCUACAACAAAAUAUUACUUUUUUUCUUCAUUCAUCACGUUGUCACACAGAAAUUGUUGAGGUUAACCUGUUGCGGGAAGAUUCACAGGACCUACUUUUAAAAUUCGACUCAUUUAUGAAUUUCAUGUAACUUAUGUCAACGAGUUAAAGGGACAGUACACCCCAAAAUGAAAAUUCUGUCAUCAUUUUCUCACUCUCAUAUAUAUAUCGUUCUACACAUAUAUGACUUACUUUCUUCUGUGGAACACAAAAGAAGAUAUUUCGAAGAAUGUUGGUAACCAAACAGUUUUGGUGACCAUUGAUUUACAUUGAGACAUUUCUGAUGACAGACAAAGAAUUACAAAUCAUUGUUUAAAAAAAAUACUGUAAUCAGUCAUGAUGAUCUCUAGGUUGUUAUGAGAAUGACUUUAUCAUCCUGAUGCUGUUGCAAGGAGUGUAUUUUAUUAACUCACAAACGUGUUUUCACGACGCGUUGUCAAUCGGCCAUAUUGGCAGUCCUGAACGUAAACAAUGCCACUGAACCGAACUAAACUUUGCAUAUUGCUGCUGAAAAUGGUUGGUUAUUGUCAUGUUUUGGGCUGUACUAAUCAGUCGGACAGGGAAAAACAUUUGGAGUACUAUAGACUGCUAAAAGUUAUAACAAAUCAGCUAGAAGAGUGCAGAAAAACUGUCUGAGGAACAAAAAGUGUUUGUGGUUGGCUAAAAUGAACCAGGAUUUCCAGGGCAAGAAUUUUGAUAACAUUCGUGUCUGUUCUUAUUAUUUCCGGUCAGGUAGGUGAAAUAUUAGGCUAAUGUUUUAGUAAAAACUGCCCGUACGUAUCUACCACCUAUUAACUUUAGUUUGUCAAAAUAUUGCACCCUUUCCUGCUUACUAAGCCCUUCUUUAUGUGAUCUAGCAACUUCCACAUGUUCUUUCAGUGGUUUAGACAGUAACAACAUAUUCAGUAGAACAUUAACCCUGCAUUCCUUGCUGUUGUUUACAUCUGCGUAUCUCCAAUGUGGCCUAUUUAUUACAACUCUGUGAGAGGCGAUGCUUCUGUGAAUUUGACGUUCUUAACAUUCACAGACAGGAAACAUUACAUAUACACUAUAUGCAGUCACAUUUAAUUGGUGUUUAAAAACAAUUUAAACUUUUUUUUAAAACAGUGUAAAGGUUUAAGGCAUUUGGAUCUUAUUAAAACAUGUCUCAUAUUUUGUCUUGUAGGACAUUCUUUUCCAGUAAACCUUUCUAAAUUAUGUUUUUCCUAUGCCUGUGUUUGUUGAUUUAAGGAAGUGGGACAAAUGUACAUCAGGAACUGAAUUUCAUAUUUCAGUCUGUUAAUGCUGUUGUCACUAGAGGGCAGUGUGUCUUUUCAUUUACACACAAAAUCGUCCUCAAAUGAUUAUUUUUCUGCACGCGUUUCUUCAAAGUCAUUUGGUUUUCCAGCAGUGUGAGUUUUUGUGUGUGUGUGUAUGGUUUCUGAAUGAAAUCAGCUCCAUAAGUGUGCCAGAUAUUUCAAUAAAUUUUAAUUAAAAGUUUGAAUUAAAAGUUUAGUGUGUAUUUUAAGAUCAAACGUACGUUUGUGUCUAUACUUGUAUUGAAAUACUGACAUUGACACUUCUCACUAGAAGUUUUAGACAGGAGUAAAGGAGAAGUGAUUAGAAAUCGAGCAUUGUUCUCCAGCUCUCCAGGGCUCAAGAGCUCUGCUUAAACAGCUGCUGCGGGUUGUGUGUGUGUGUGUGUGUGUGUUUCUAAUGGUGAGUGGUGUUGGGCGUGUGUGUGCUGAUGUAGGGCUGUGGUUGAGAAUGCUUUGAGUGUGUGUAAGACGGCAGCUGGUAGCCCUAUUGUGUGGAUAGAGACCUCUGCUGAAAAAAAAAAGUACUGUAUUGUGUCUGUCUGCAGAUUGUGAAUAUGUCUGUAUAAUGUACCGGUCAUUUAUCACAUAAACCAUCUAUAAUGGGUAGCACACCGGAUACACAAUAAUAGGUUUUGUUUUCGGUUUAGGUUACAUUAAACUGCUGUUUUCUGACAUUUGGUUCUUUUAAAACAGGUUUAUUUCUACUGCUUUUAUUUUAAGUUAUUAGGCAAAUAGAUUAAGAUAACUUAGGUAACUUGUUUACUUGUUGAAGUUUGUAACUUUAAACUUUCAGGUCCAUGUUAAAGCUGUUUUUUAAACCUUUUUUGUUCAAGGCAAACAAACAAUGAAAGACA